UCUCGCUGCAAUUACUUGCUCUGCUCAUCGCACGCACACAAGCUCACGACGACAUGAGCGCAGACGCGGUGACCCGCCGCCUGCACAUCGGCGGCCUCACGCCGUCCAUCACGCCCGACCACCUGCGAGACCGCUUCAAGUCGUUCGGCACGGUGACUGACGUCGAGCAGCUCGGCCUCGAUGCUCUUGGCCAACCCCGCCCAUUUGCGUUCCUCACUAUCCAGACGACGCCCGCCCAGCUCCGGAAAUGUCUGAACAUCAUGUCGGGAGCCACCUGGCGCGGCACGCAGUUGCGCCUUGCCGAGGCCAAGCCCAAGUGGGAUGCCAAGCUCGCAGCUGAGCGCAAGCCCAACCCCGAACUCGAGGCGAAGCGCCGCGCCAACCGCCUCCGCCGCUCCAUCGCAGUCGUUGGCGGCAAGCAGGCGCAGGACAUGCGCCUCGUCGCUGAGUCGUCCAAGACCAAGUCGCAGUUCUGGGUCACCGACAGCGCGGGGCACCUGGUCCGCCCUAUUGCCACGCGGCCAUCGCACCCCCUCCCGCUCGUCCCAGGCUCAAAGGCGCGCGACGUGAGGAUUGGGCCUUCGCGCGCGCCGAGGCGUGUCAUCGACCCGCGGCGAUGGGGGCCUUCGCAUAUCUCUGGCGCCGAGCUGGAUGGCGAGGUUGUUCCUGGCGCGCUGGCGGCCGAAUGGGAGUUUGAGGAGGCCGACGACAUCGAGGCCGACGAGGAGGGCCGCGUACUCCUCGGCUCUUGGAGGAGCGGGGAGGACAUCCUCGAUGUCCGCGUCAAGCGACCCCGUGACGACGAUGAGGUGUGGACCGAGGACGAAGACGACGGAGAGCUCUUUCCCCUCCGUGAGGAGUUUGACCGAGACGACAGCCCCCUGUUCCCUAGCCAUCAAGAGCGGGAAGACUCGCCCCUCUUUCCUCAGCGAGCCGAGGGAUCGCAGUCGCCAUUGUUCCCUGCGCGCGAGCGUUCCAGCUCCCCUCUGUUCCCGAGCCGCAAUGCCGCGGAGGACAAGGAAGAGGAAGAAUCCGAGGUGGCUGCUGCGUCUUCGCCCCUCUUCCCACCUCGCACCGAGGGUGACGACGACGUGGCCUCGGCCUCGACCUCCUCGCGCUCAUCUCGCUCGACCACCCCCUCGCUCUCUCCUCUGCGUGCAGCUGAGGAAGUCGUGCUCGAAGCUCGCGCCAGGGUAGAGGAAGCCGACGAAGAAGCUCGCGCCUCACGGUCCCCCACACCGCCACUCUCGCCCCUCCGCGCGGCCGAGGAAGUGGUCUUGGAAGCACGCGACCGCGCCCAGCCCCCGGCAGUCAUCGUCCCGGACCAGGUCCGUGCCGCGGCAGCUGCGGAGCGCCAAGGUGCCCUCUCAGUGCUCACUUCCCUGGUGGGCAACGCGGAGGAGCCCUCUGCGCGUGGGAAGAACGAGUGGGCCGGGUACGCGGAAUCCGACUCUGACGACGGCGACUACUCGAUGAUGAAGAAGCGCGACUACGAGGACGACGACGACGAGCCGCUUGAGGUCGCGCGUGCGGCUGGCGCACCGUCGCCAGAGACACCAGCCUUUGCGCGGUUCACCGACGGUCCUGGGUUCGACAUGGAGGUUGAUGGUGUUGAGGAGGCACCCGUGGCCUCUGUCGACCUCGCCCCCGUUCAGGACGAGGACGAGGACGAAGACGAGGACGAAGAGUCGAGCUCGAGUGAGAGCUCAGAGUCAGAUUCAUCGUCCGACUCGAGCUCGGAGAGCGGAAGCGGUUCGAGCAGCGAGGACAAUAGCAAGGAUGACAAGGAGGACGAGAGCGGCUCUUCGAGCUCCUCAAGCUCGGACUCGUCAAGUUCGGAUUCGUCAUCAUCAGAGUCUAGCGACGAGUCGUCAGAGUCCGAGUCGGACGCGGAUGAAGACGCGGACGACAAGAAGGACGGCGGCAACGAGGACAAGAAGGGUGACGAGGGCAAAGACGACAAGAAGGAGGAGAAGAAGGACGAGGAGAGCUCGAGUGACGACGACGACGACAGCUCGGACUCGUCGGAUGACGACUCUGACUCUGACUCGGACUCGGGCUCAGACUCAAGCUCCGACUCCGACUCUAGCUCCGACUCCUCGGACGACUCUUCAGAUGAAUCAGACUCUGAGGACGAGUCCGCGGCCCCAGCCCAAACAUCCACCCUCAAGAGCAUGUUCGCGCCUGCAGCCAAGGCGUCGUCCUUCUCUCUCCUCGGCGCGCUGGGCGCUGACAUCGACAUCGACGAGACCGUCGAGGUGCAGCAGCACCGGUCGACCCAAGCCAACGAGCUCGAGUUCCUGAUUACGGCGCCAAAGUCGACGUUUGACGCCGACCCCGAAAUCCCCCUCUUCUUCCCUGUGACUGGGCGGCAUGCGCCAGCGAGGAAGGGCGAGGCGAGGAGUGUGUUGGAUCCCGAGCCGGAGCCGGAGGAGGGCGAGGAGGAGGAGGAGAAAGAGGAGGAGGGAUACGGAGGGUACGGCGGUGGCUACGGCGGAGGCUACGGCCGCGCUGCGCCCCCCACCUCGGCCCCCGCACCAGCCAAGAAGGCCACCAAGCGCGGGUUCUGGGCGGGCGAGACGGAUGCGGACAUGAAGAAGCGGUGGGAGGCGCGCCGGCUCGAGCUCACGCGCGGAUGGAAGCGGAAGCACCCGGAUCAGCUCGUCUCGUUCGAAAUCACCCACCGCCAUGACCUUCCUCUCGCCGCACCUCGACUUCCCGGCCUCAACAAAGCACGACGCGCCAGGCGCCCUCCCGCCGGCGGGCGCGCACCUAGUGAUAACGGACACGCUGACCGCGCCGGCGACGUUCGCGCUGCACCACCUCGCGAUCGCGGCGGCUGCGUCCAAAGUGCCGGUACGUCGCGCUUCUCCCCUCCCUCUGAAGCUCACGCCACGCAGGUCGUCUGGGUCGACCUGAGGAACGAGGGGAAGGCCUCAUGGGACGCCGUGGCGCGCAAGCUUGGCGGCGCUGGGGGAAUCACGCACAUCCAGCCCUCGCCGCUGCCGCCCCCGCUCGGCGCGCCGUCCCUCUUGCCUGCCGGUCCCUCCCUGCGGCCGACGUACGAUGCCAUCUCUGCCGCGCUCACCGCCGGUGCUGGAACACUGGUGCUCCUCGACGGGCUGAGUAACCUCCUCUAUGCGGGCUUCGCGCCGUCCGACGUCGGCCGGUUCGUGCGCGCCGUCGCGGGCCUCACGAGGUCCCACGACUCCGUCCUCGUCAGCACCCUGCAUGCAGACCACCUCCCGCGCACCGAGUCCGAGGCGCUCGGGACCGGCGCGAACGCCGAGCUGCUGGAGCGGCUGCUCGCCCUCGCGGACGCGUGGUGGCGUGUCGCUGGCCUCGCGUCUGGACGCUCGGGCGACGUGAGCGGCGAGAUUAGCGCGCAUGAUCUCUCUGGACGGGGCUGGGCUGGCGUGCCCCGCGCGAGGCCGCUGCAGUACCGUCUUGAGGCGGGCGGCGUCAAGGUGUUUGCAAAGGGCACGGGGCGGGGUUUCUUGUAG